AUGGAUAUAUCGUACCGAUAUAUCGAAAAGUACCGAUAUAUCGAAAAGUACCGAUAUAUCGAAAAGUACCGAUAUAUCGAUAAGUACCGAUAUAUCGAAAAGUACCGAUAUAUCGAUAAGUACCGAUAUAUCGAUAAGUACCGAUAUUUCGAAAAGUACCGAUAUAUCGAUAAGUACCGAUAUAUCGAUAAGUUCCGAUAUAUCGAAAAGUGCCGAUAUAUCGAAAAGUACCGAUAUAUCGAAAAAUACCGUUAUAUCGAAAAGUACCGAUGUAUCGAAAAGUACCGAUAUAUCGAAAAGUAUCGAUAUAUCGUAAAGUAUCGAUAUAUCGAAAAGUAUCGAAAAGAUAUCGAUAAGUACCGAAAAGAUAUCGAUCGAUAUAUCGAUAAGUAUCGAUAUAUCGAUAAGUAUCGAUAUAUCGAUAAGUAUCGAUAUAUCGAUAAGUGUCGAUAUAUCGAUAAGUAUCGAUAUAUCGAUAAGUAUCGAUAUAUCGUACCGAUAUAUCGAAAAGAACCGAUAUAUCGAAAAGUACCGAUAUAUCGAAAAGUACCGAUAUAUCGAAAAGUACCGAUAUAUAGAAAAGUACCGAUAUAUCGAAAAUAUCGAAAAGAUAUCGAUAAGUACCGAAAAGAUAUCGAUAAGUACCGAAAAGACAUCGAAAAGUACCGAGAAGAUAUCGAAAAGUACCGAAAAGAUAUCGAAAAGUAUCGAAAAGAUAUCGAAAAGUAUCGAAAAGAUAUCGAAAAGUAUCGAUAUAUAUCGAAAAGUAUCGAUAUAUAUCGAAAAGUAUCUAUAUAUAAGGAAAAGUAUCGAUAUAUAAGGAAAAAUAUCGAAAAGUACCGGAAAGAUAUCGAAAAGUACCGAAAAGAUAUCGAAAAGUACCGAAAAGUUAUCGAAAAGUACCGAAAAGGUAUCGAAAAGUACCGAAAAGAUAUCGAAAAGUACCGAAAAGAUAUCGAAAAGUACCGAAACGAUAUCGAAAAGUACCGAAAAGAUUUCGAAAAGUACCGAAAAGAUUUCGAAAAGUACCGAAAACAUUUCGAAAAGUAUCGAAAAGAUAUCGAAAAGUAUCGAAAAGAUAUAGAUAAGUAUCGAAAAGAUAUAGAUAAGUAUCGAAAAGAUAUCGAUAAGUAUCGAAAAGAUAUCGAAAAGUAUCGAAAAGAUAUCGAAAAGUAUCUAUAUAUAUCGAAAAGUAUCUAUAUAUAUCGAAAAGUAUCUAUAUAUAUCGAAAAGUAUCUAUAUAUAUCGAAAAUAUCGAUAUAUAAGUACCGAAAAGAUAUCGAAAAGUACCGAAAAGAUAUCGAAAAGUACCGAAAAGAUAUCGAAAAGUACCGAAAAGAUAUCGAAAAGUAUCGAAAAGAUAUCGAAAAAUAUCGAAAAGUACCGAAAAGAUAUCGAAAAGUACCGAAAAGAUAUCGAAAAGUACCGAAAAGAUUUCGAAAAGUACCGAAAAGAUAUCGAAAAGUACCGAAAAGAUAUCGAAAAGUACCGAAAAGAUAUCGAAAUGUACCGAAAAGUACCGAAAAGUACCGAAAAGAUAUCGAAAAGUACCGAAAAGAUAUGGAAAAGUACCGAAAAGAUAUCGACAAGUACCGAAAAGAUAUCGACAAGUACCGAAAAGAUAUCGACAAGUACCGAAAAGAUAUCGACAAGUACCGAAAAGAUAUCGACAAGUACCGAAAAGAUAUCAACAAGUACCGAAAAGAUAUCGAAAAGUACCGAAAAGAUAUCGAAAAGUAUCGAAAAGAUAUCGAAAAGUAUCGAAAAGAUAUCGAAAAGUAUCGUAGAGAUAUCGAAAAGUAUCGAAAAGAUAUCGAAAAUAUCGUUAUAUAUCGAAAAGUAUCUAUAUAUAAGGAAAAGUAUCGAUAUAUAAGGAAAAAUAUCGAAAAGAACCGGAAAGAUAUCGAAAAGUACCGAAAAGAUAUCGAAAAGUACCGGAAAGAUAUCGAAAAGUACCGAAAAGAUAUCGAAAAGUACCGAAAAGAUAUCGAAAAGUACCGAAAAGAUAUCGAAAAGUACCGAAACGAUAUCGAAAAGUACCGAAAAGAUUUCGAAAAGUACCGAAAAGAUUUCGAAAAGUAUCGAAAAGAUAUCGAAAAGUAUCGAAAAGAUAUAGAUAAGUAUCGAAAAGAUAUCGAUAAGUAUCGAAAAGAUAUCGAUAAGUAUCGAAAAGAUAUCGAAAAGUAUCGAAAAGAUAUCGAAAAGUAUCGAAAAGACAUCGAAAAGUAUCGAAAAGAUAUCGAAAAGAUAUCGAAAAGUAUCGAAAAGAUAUCGAAAAGUAUCGAAAAGAUAUCGAAAAGUAUCGAAAAGAUAUCGAAAAGUAUCGAAAAGAUAUCGAAAAGUAUCUAUAUAUAUCGAAAAGUAUCUAUAUAUAUCGAAAAGUAUCUAUAUAUAUCGAAAAUAUCGAUAUAUAAGUACCGAAAAGAUAUCGAAAAGUACCGAAAAGAUAUCGAAAAGUACCGAAAAGAUAUCGAAAAGUACCGAAAAGAUAUCGAAAAGUAUCGAAAAGAUAUCGAAAAAUAUCGAAAAGUACCGAAAAGAUAUCGAAAAGUACCGAAAAGAUAUCGAAAAGUACCGAAAAGAUAUAGAAAAGUACCGAAAAGAUAUCGAAAAGUACCGAAAAGUACCGAAAAGUACCGAAAAGAUAUCGAAAAGUACCGAAAAGAUAUCGACAAGUACCGGAAAGAUAUCGACAAGUACCGAAAAGAUAUCGACAAGUACCGAAAAGAUAUCGACAAGUACCGAAAAGAUAUCGAAAAGUCCCGAAAAGAUAUCGAAAAGUAUCGAAAAGAUAUCGAAAAGUAUCGAAAAGAUAUCGAAAAGUAUCGUAAAGAUAUCGAAAAGUAUCGAUAUAUCGAAAAGUACCGAAAAGAUAUCGAAAAGUACCGAAAAGAUAUCGAAACGUAUCGAAAAGAUAUCGAAAAGUAUCGAUGUAUAUCGAAUAGUAUCGAUAUAUAUCGAAAAGUAUCGAUAUAUAAGGAAAAGUAUCGAUAUAUAAUGAAAAUAUCGAUAUAUAAUGAAAAGUGUCGAAAAGAUAUCGAAAAGUAUCGAAAAGAUAUCGAAAAGUAUCGAAAAGAUAUCGAAAAGUAUCGAAAAGAUAUCGAAAAGUAUCUAAAAGAUAUCGAAAAGUAUCGAAAAGAUCGAAGAAAAGAUAUCGAAAAGGAUCGAUAUAUCGAUAAGUAUCGAUAUAUCGAUAAGUAUCGAUAUAUCGAUAUGUAUCGAUAUAUCGAUAAGUAUCGAUAUAUCGAUAAGUAUCGAUAUAUCGAUAAGUAUCGAUAUAUCGAUAAGUAUCUAUAUAUCGAUAAGUAUCUAUAUAUCGAUAAGUAUCUAUAUAUCGAUAAGUAUCGAUAUAUCGAAAAGUAUAGAUAUAUGGAAAAGUAUCGAUAUAUCGAAAAGUAUCGAUAUUUCGUAAAGUAUCGAUAUAUCUACCGAAAAGAUAUCGAAAAGUACCGAAAAGAUAUCCAAAAGUAUCGAAAAGACAUCGAAAAGUACCGAAAAGAUAUCGAAAAGUACCGAAAAGAUAUCGAAAAGUACCGAAAAGAUAUCGAAAAGUACCGAAAAGAUAUCGAAAAGUAUCGAAAAGAUAUCGAAAAGUAUCGAAAAGAUAUCGAAAAGUAUCUAUAUAUAAUGAAAAUAUCGAUAUAUAAUGAAAAGUAUCGAAAAGAUAUCGAUAAGUAUCGAAACGAUAUUGAUAAGUAUCGAAAAGAUAUCGAUAAGUAUCGAAAAGAUAUAGAUAAGUAUCGAAAAGAUAUCGAUAAGUAUCGAAAAGAUAUCGAAAAGUAUCGAAAAGACAUCGAAAAGUAUCGAAAAGAUAUCGAAAAGAUAUCGAAAAGUAUCGAAAAGAUAUCGAAAAGAUUCGAAAAGAUAUCGAAAAUAUCGAUAUAUAAGUACCGAAAAGAUAUCGAAAAGUACCGAAAAGAUAUCGAUAAGUACCGAAAAGAUAUCGAAAAGUAUCGAAAAGAUAUCGAAAAGUAUCGAUAUAUAUCGGAAAUAUCGAUAUAUAAUGAAAAGUAUCGAUAUAAUGAAAAGUAUCGAAAAGAUAUCGAAAAGUAUCGAAAAGAUAUCGAAAAGUAUCGAAAAGAUAUCAAAAAGUAUCGAAAAGACAUCGAAAAGUAUCGAAAAGAUAUCGAAAAGUAUCGAAAAGAUAUCGAAAAUAUCGAUAUAACGAUAAGUAUCGAUAUAUCGAUAAGUAUCGAUAUAUCGAUAAGUAUCGAUAUAUCGAUAAGUAUCGAUAUAUCGAUAAGUAUCGAUAUAUCGAUAAGUAUCAAUAUAUCGAUAAAUAUCGAAAAGUACCGAAAAGAUAUCCAAAAGUACCGAAAAGAUAUCGAAAAGUACCGAAAAGAUAUCGAAAAGUACCGAAAAGAUAUCGAAAAGUACCGAAAAGAUAUCGAAAAGUAUCGAAAAGAUAUCGAAAAGUAUCGAAAAGAUAUCGAAAAGUAUCGAAAAGAUAUCGAAAAGUAUCUAUAUAUAAUGAAAAAUAUCGAUAAGUAUCGAAAAGAUAUUGAUAAGUAUCGAAAAGAUAUCGAUAAGUAUCGAAAAGAUGUCGAAAAGUAUCGAAAAGAUAUCGAUAAGUAUCGAAAAGAUGUCGAAAAGUAUCGAAAAGACAUCGAAAAGUAUCGAAAAGAUAUCGAAAAGAUAUCGAAAAGUAUCGAAAAGAUAUCGAAAAGUAACGAAAAGAUAUCGAAAAGUAUCUAUAUAUAUCGAAAAGUAUCUAUAUAUAAUGAGAAGUAUCGAUAUAUAAUUAAAAUAUCGAUAUAUAAGUACCGAAAAGAUAUCGAAAAGUACCGAAAAGAUAUCGAAAAGUACCGAAAAGAUAUCGAAAAGUAUCGAAAAGGUAUCGAAAAGUAUCGAAAAGUACCGAUAUAUCGAAAAGUACCGAUAUAUCGAAAAGAACCGAUAUAUCGAAAAGUACCGAUAUAUCGAAAAGUACCGAUAUAUCGAAAAGUACCGAUAUAUAGAAAAGUACCGAUAUAUCGAAAAUAUCGAAAAGAUAUCGAUAAGUACCGAAAAGAUAUCGAUAAGUACCGAAAAGAUAUCGAAAAGUACCGAGAAGAUAUCGAAAAGUACCGAAAAGAUAUCGAAAAGUAUCGAAAAGAUAUCGAAAAGUAUCGAAAAGAUAUCGAAAAGUAUCGAUAUAUAUCGAAAAGUAUCGAUAUAUAUCGAAAAGUAUCUAUAUAUAAGGAAAAGUAUCGAUAUAUAAGGAAAAAUAUCGAAAAGUACCGGAAAGAUAUCGAAAAGUACCGAAAAGAUAUCGAAAAGUACCGAAAAGUUAUCGAAAAGUACCGAAAAGAUAUCGAAAAGUACCGAAAAGAUAUCGAAAAGUACCGAAAAGAUAUCGAAAAGUACCGAAACGAUAUCGAAAAGUACCGAAAAGAUUUCGAAAAGUACCGAAAAGAUUUCGAAAAGUACCGAAAACAUUUCGAAAAGUAUCGAAAAGAUAUCGAAAAGUAUCGAAAAGAUAUAGAUAAGUAUCGAAAAGAUAUAGAUAAGUAUCGAAAAGAUAUCGAUAAGUAUCGAAAAGAUAUCGAAAAGUAUCGAAAAGAUAUCGAAAAGUAUCUAUAUAUAUCGAAAAGUAUCUAUAUAUAUCGAAAAGUAUCUAUAUAUAUCGAAAAGUAUCUAUAUAUAUCGAAAAGUAUCUAUAUAUAUCGAAAAGUAUCUAUAUAUAAUGAAAAGUAUCGAUAUAUAAUUAAAAUAUCGAUAUAUAAGUACCGAAAAGAUAUCGAAAAGUACCGAAAAGAUAUCGAAAAGUACCGAAAAGAUAUCGAAAAGUACCGAAAAGAUAUCGAAAAGUAUCGAAAAGAUAUCGAAAAUAUCGAUAUAUCGAAAAGUAUCGAUAUAUCGAAAAGUAUCGAUAUAACGAAAAGUAUCGAUAUAACGAAAAGUAUCGAUAUAUCGAAAAGUAUCGAUAUAUCGAUUAGUAUCGAUACAUCGAAAAGUAUCGAUAUAUCUAUCGAUAUAUCAAAAAGUAUCGAUAUAUCAAAAAGUAUCGAUAUAUCGAAAAGUACCGAAAAGAUAUCGAAAAGUACCGAAAAGAUUUCGAAAAGUACCGAAAAGAUAUCGAAAAGUACCGAAAAGAUAUCGAAAAGUACCGAAAAGAUAUCGAAAUGUACCGAAAAGUACCGAAAAGAUAUCGACAAGUACCGAAAAGAUAUGGAAAAGUACCGAAAAGAUAUCGACAAGUACCGAAAAGAUAUCGACAAGUACCGAAAAGAUAUCGACAAGUACCGAAAAGAUAUCGACAAGUACCGAAAAGAUAUCGACAAGUACCGAAAAGAUAUCAACAAGUACCGAAAAGAUAUCGAAAAGUACCGAAAAGAUAUCGAAAAGUAUCGAAAAGAUAUCGAAAAGUAUCGAAAAGAUAUCGAAAAGUAUCGUAGAGAUAUCGAAAAGUAUCGAAAAGAUAUCGAAAAGUAUCGAUAUAUCGAUAAUAUCGUUAUAUAUCGAAAAGUAUCUAUAUAUAAGGAAAAGUAUCGAUAUAUAAGGAAAAGUAUCGAUAUAUAA